AUGCCGUCCCUGAUCAAGCAGCAAAUCCUAAAACCCUUGUCCAUAUUCGCUAAAAAUGUCGAUCUUGAUCAGGUCAGGCUGAGUGCUUUAAGGGGUGAAAUGAGCAUGGAAAACCUAGAGUUGAACGAAAACGUUCUAAUGGAACUCCUUGAAUUCCCUAAAUGGCUCCGGAUAGACAGUGCUGUAUGCACUCAUAUAUACAUGAAGGUAACGCGUGAUCUGUUAACUUGCGCUCUUUGCAGAUUCCCUGGACAAAUCUCCGUUCUCGUCCCAUCCUUAUGGUUUACAAUGGUGAUUCUGUCUCUUCCUACCGGUAUCCUAUUCAUUAAUGUUAUUCUUCUUAGUGCGUCAUACGGACGUUAUGGUAUGGUUGAGCGCGCCAUUGAUGGGAUUUCAAUCCGUAUUCAUGAAUUAGAUGUCGAGCUGAAGUCCAAACUUUUCAAAGCCUCUGCAAAUGUUUGUUCAAUCCCAUGA